AUGUCUCUCCCAUCGGAUUUCCAGUGGGGGUUCGCUACCGCUUCCUACCAGAUCGAAGGAGCCACCGAACAAGACGGACGAGGUCCGUCUAUCUGGGAUACAUUCUGCGCUACUGAUGGAAAGAUUGCCCAUAGCGCAGACGGCAAAACUGCGUGUGACUCUUACAACAGAACUGCGGAUGAUAUCAAACUGCUCAAAGACCUUGGCGCCAAAGUCUACCGUUUCUCACUUGCAUGGUCCCGUAUCAUCCCCUUGGGUGGCCGUAAUGACCCAGUCAACCAGAAAGGGCUUGAUCAUUAUGUGAAGUUUGUGGAUGACUUGCUCGACGCUGGUAUCACCCCUUUCAUCACGCUAUACCACUGGGAUGCUCCGGAUGAGCUUGACAAACGAUACGGAGGUCUUCUCAACAGGACCGAGUUCCCUCUGGAUUUCGAGAACUACGCUCGGAUUGUCUUCAAGGCUAUACCGAAAUGCAAGAAUUGGAUCACCUUCAAUGAGCCAUGGUGCAGCUCAAUCCUUGGGUACAGCACAGGCUAUUUCGCUCCUGGCCACACCUCUGACCGAACAAAGUCCCCAGUUGGGGACAGUGCAAGGGAACCUUGGAUUGUUGGCCACAACCUACUUGUUGCACACGGCAGAGCUGUCAAAGUAUACCGAGAUGAGUUCAAGCCAACCAACGGUGGGCAAAUCGGCAUCACUUUGAACGGCGACUACACAUACCCUUGGGACCCUGAGGACCCUGAAGAUGUCGAGGCCGCAAAUCGAAAGAUUGAGUUCGCUAUCUCCUGGUUCGCCGAUCCUAUCUACUUUGGCAAAUACCCUGACUCCAUGCUCAAGCAGCUUGGUGACCGCUUGCCGACAUUCACGGAUGAAGAGAAGGCUUUAGUCCAAGGAUCGAACGAUUUCUACGGCAUGAAUCACUACACUGCGGACUAUGUUAAGCACAAGUCUGGCACUCCGGCAGAGGACGAUUUCCUUGGAAAUCUCGAGACCACUGCUUUUGCCAAAAAUGGCGACUGUAUUGGUGACGAAACACAGUCCUUCUGGCUGCGGCCCAACCCUGAAGGCUUCCGUGCCCUUAUCAACUGGUUGAGCAAACGAUAUGGUUACCCAACAAUCUAUGUUACCGAGAACGGUACUAGUAUCAAGGGUGAAAACGACCUGGGGUUCCCGGAGAUCCUGGAAGAUGAUUUCCGUGUCCGUUACUUCAAAGAUUACGCCAAUGCUUUGGCAAAGGCCGUUUCAGAAGAUGGAUGUGAUGUCAAGGGCUACAUGGCCUGGUCUUUGAUGGACAACUUUGAGUGGGCUGAAGGAUACGAGACCCGAUUCGGCUGCACCUAUGUUAACUACGAAGUUGGUCAAGUCAGGACUGCAAAGAAGAGCGGCAAUGAGAUGGCAGGUCUAUUCAAGGGAUUGAUUAAAUCCGAGUAA